AUAGCUCUACUGAUUUUUUAACAUUGUAGAAUUUCACGGACGGAUUUAACCUAUAUUAAGUGGUUCCUGCCGCUUUAAAAUACAUUGUAGAGUAGAGUAGACAUAAUAACGUAGUUCUUUUUAAGCCAAGGUCAGCGAUCUAUCGUCACAACAGAGGGCUUUAUUUAAAUUUGUACUAAGGAGAGUUUCUUCGGCGUGUAAAUUAAUUGGAGAAACCUUGCCAAAAAUGCUAAAAGCCCCAAGGAUUUUGUUCAGAAAACAAGUGAAUGUGACUAAAAUAACAGAGUUCUCGACGCGUAUUGUUUAGUGUUAAAAAAGUCCGCGCGACUUUAUUUCUGCUCAUACGACUUUCGUUACCAUGGCGACGAAAACAGUAAACAAACGAAAUUUCUUAACUACUGUCAGUGACAGUGCUGUUUACAAAUAUUAUCCGCCGAAAUAAGACUGUAUAAUUAUUGAAUAUUCCUUUUCAAUCAAAUUAAUAAAGCGAAAAUGGAUCUAAACUUAAUGGACAAGCUGAGGAUCUUGAAAAUCGAUGUCGAACUACGUCCAGAGAUUAAGAUGAAGCCAAUGAGCCGCUACUACUUCAUCACGUCCACCAAUCCUGCGGAACAGUUCUUCGUGUUUGCCUCCACGGCCGCCUGGCUCAUCCGCCGAGCUGGUCGGGACUUCGACCAGCCCCAUGAGGAAGAUGACCCCAACUCCAUCAUCGCCAAUAUCCUAGAACACCUCAGAGAAAAAGAGAUAACUGUAGAUUUCUCGUCACACAAAUUGAAACAAGGCUAUGGAGAACAGGUCUGUUUCAUCUUGAACGUUUUGACCAAUGAGGUCCUGAAGAAAGAGAAGUUUCAAUGGGAAAACCCGGUGGUACAAGAGGCAGAAACGGAAGAUGCAGUAGACGACGCCGACCAAGUUGAGGAUGAAACCGAAAUAAUUCUGGACAAAGUUGAAGAGGAAAUGGGUAUUUAUUCAGCAGAGUCCGGAGACGAGGAGCAGCUUGAAGAUAAAGAGGUGGUUAACGUGACGGAUAAGGUGCACGACUGGGAAGCGUGGAAGUUGGAGCUGGAGAGAGUAGCGCCGGCGCUGCGGCUGAAGAUACCAGCCGACGGGCGCGACUGGCGGGCCAGACACGCACAGAUGAAGGCAUACAAAGACGAACUGUUCGACAGGUUUAAAACCACAGGCACACAGCUGAACAAACUGCACACAAACAUCAGCUCUACCAUGGACAAAGUGUCAGCCAGAGAGAAUAUACUCAACGAGCAGUUUGCACCAAUGGUCCGCGAAUACGGAGCUCUAUUAGACGAGCUUAAUAAAGUAACCCACGAGUACAAAGAGGUUAGUGUAGGGAUAGUUGAAAGGCAAGAGAUACUGAAUGAAUUGACUGCAAAAGUGGAAAGUGUUAAGCAGAAGACAGAGUCCCGGGGCUCGUCGAUGAACGACAGCUCGCCGCUGGUAACUGCUAAGAAGGCGUUAUCGAAUUUGAAGAAGGAAAUUCAAGAGCUGGACUUCCAGAUCAUUGUCCUGCUCUGGCUGUUGACGACCAAAGAGAACCCCAAUAGCAGCAAUCUGCUAGGCACCGCCCAGUCUAGGAUGAUCGCAGAUGAGGUCUAUUAAGAAGAGUAUUAUUAUCUAAGAAGUAAGGAAAUUAACGUCAUUUACUACUAGCCUUACCCAAUAGAAUGUUUGAAUGGAUUUUCCUAUGUAGCCACCAUACUAACAAUCUCUGAGUCUUGUUACUUGAAUAAUUAUUGAAUUUCAAUAUUAUUAUUAUUACUAACGACUUUUACCUAGUUUAUAAGUAAGGUUUAUUUCUAAAAGAAAAGUGUGUUUGAGAGCUUGAUAUAAUUUAUUAAAAUACUUACAACUUACACAUUU